AUGGGGGACCAGUGGCAAAGUUCGCUCCUCAACCACCACAGCUCGGAGGCCGAAGGCAGCCCACCCAGGGGACAGGACUAUGGCGUCCUGGGCAUGCAGGGAAUGGUGUCUGGGAGCCGACGGACCACGGACACCGGGUACCCAGAUGAUGGGAAGCUGAGAUUUGAAGACCAAGAAGGGAAGACCCUCCCAGAGGAGGUGACUGGGGAAGAAGUGCCCAGUCCCCGGAACCCCAAGGUGGCCCUCAGGGUUCUGGAGAAAGACGCCGACGAGGGCGUCUCUGAGAUGAGCCGGCUGUCCAUCACCCAGAGGUUCCCCAGCAUCUCCUCCAUCAGAGGGAGGAAGAGGAAGAGGAUUUUUGAGCUGGCAAAGCCCAAGACCAACUGGCAAGUCUCGAAAGACAGGAUGGAGUGCUGCUGUAAGGGCUAUGCCUGGGUGUCCCGGUGCAAGAGGAAGUUGCAGUUCUGUGUCUACUGGCCUUCUGUGUACUGGACAGAGAGGUUUCUCGAAGACACCACCCUCACCAUCACAGUGCCAGAGGUGUCCCGCCGAGUGGAGGAACUGGCUCGACCUAAAAGGUUCUACUCGGAGUAUUACAACAACAACAGGACCACCCCCAUUUGGCCCGUUCCUCGGUCUUCCCUGGAAUACCAAGCUUCCAGUCGCCUGAGGGAACUGGCCGCCCCGAGGGUCCGGAAUAACAUUUGGAGCAUAAACAUGUCUGAGGUGUCUCAGGUAUCCAGGGCAGCCCAGAUGGCCAUCCCCAGCCCAAGGAUCCUACAGCUGGCAAAGCCCAGGUCCCCAGCCACCCUGUUGGAAGAGUGGGACCCCAUGCCCAAACCCAAGCCGCACAUGUCAGACUACAAUCGCCUCCUUCACUUGGCCAUGCCCAAGGCCCAGUCGAACCAGUGUGUUCCUGACCGAGAUCCACGCUGGGAGGUGCUGGACGUCACCAAGAAGGCAGUGGCCAGUCCCCGGAUCAUCUCCCUGGCCAAGCCCAAAGUGCGCAAGGACCUCAACGAGGGCUACGACCGGCAUCCCCUCGCUUGUAUGAGCUCGCCACCCCCAAGAACAUCACCAAAAAAGUAUGAGCGACCCAGGACUGCCCUCUGA